GUUUGAACGAUGAUGUUUUGUUUUUAUUCUGUCAGUGAACAAGUUUUUCAAGAAGAAAAUUUUUAAAAGUGUUUUUCUAGUAAAAAUGUAGCUGCUAGUGACUAAGUCGCUAUUUUAAAUGAUUUUGUAAUAUUGUGAAACGUAUCGAUGGCGAACAGCAAAAAGUGUAUAGUACCGGAUUGUGAAAACUUGACAGGCGGAUCAGUAAGAUUCUUUGGAGUCCCACCGGCUGGAAGCAAGUUUUUUGGAAAAUGGCAGCAAUUCAUGAAGCUAUCGGGGAGCGGUGCAGAGAUGAUUUGCGAGGUACAUUUUGGCAGCAGUAAUUAUAUCAAAAGGAUGCGCAGAAUACUGAAAAAAACCGCCGUUCCACAAUCUGGUUCGCUGAAGGUGUUAUUAAAAGUAAACAGCUGUUGUGUUGUGGGUUGUCGCACACGCUCAAAGAAAACCCUUGUCCCGUUUCCUUCUGUAGCGAGAAAGAGGCAACUAAAGUUGUGGAAAGCAUCGUUAAACAUGGCUCCCCACGAUUCCAUUGCUGGGUUGAGGAUCUGCUACCGACACUUCGAGGAAAGAGAUUUUGAAACAGUGGUGUCAGUUUACCUCAAGCCAAAUGCGAUUCCAUGUUGCAAAGUGAAAAGAUUGGUGAAAUAUCCUCGGCGUUUGAUUCCUAGCACUGCUCCAAUACCGUCGGCUCUACAUGACCAUACAUACUAUUACCGUCGCUUCCAACCAAGGAGCAACAGGAUGUGUUCGGUAUACGGAUGCAAUGCACGAGCUGGAAAUGGUGUCACCCUGCAUAACUUCCUGCCAAAAAACGAUAAACGGUAUGCGGUAUGGACAUCAGCGUUGAAAUUCGGAAAAAAUCCUGCAAAAAACGCCACGGUGUGUAGCUUGCAUUUCACGGAAUCAAACUACUAUGCAGGUGCCAAACAUCUUAGGGCAGAUGCGAUACCGACAAAGAAUCUACCAAAAAUUCAACGGUUGAAGAGUGAGCCUACAUAUGUAAAAAAGCGAACUUCUUUUCGAAUGCGUGAGGAGGAGAACACCAAUCGCACAGGUAGUGAUUUUGAAAUCAGCUUCAGCGACACUAUGUCUAGCGAUGACAUUGGCGUAACACCUAGCUGUUCUUCAGUAAAGCCAACCGUAUGCAAUACAACUGUUAAUCCUGACUCUUCUGAUCAGCCAAACGGAACUGCGGUUAAUAUCGCACAACUACCAAGAUCUAGUGCCGAAGAGACAGCUUAUCAUACGCCUGAACAAUCAGCCAUCACAGAGCUAUUACCGUGUUCGAGUAAGGAAGCCAAUCCCGGUAAUGAACUUGAAGAAGCGUGGUACCCAUUGGAAAGUAUUGCAAAUGAUCAGAUCGAGAUCACAAGUAUUUCGAAAAACCUGAAAACACGUGAUACGAUAUUAUCUGAUUUGCUCAUCACCGAUCAAGACAUUAACACAUGGACUGGGAUUCCAACACUUGCAGUAUUGCAAGAGAUUUGCUAUUCAGUGCAAAAACUUGAGACAGUGUACCCGCGGAAAUGGUCAAUGCACUCUUCUGAUCGUGUUAUUUUAACAAUGGCCAAGAUAAAGCAAAACUUGUCUUUUGCUGCCUUAAGUACACUCUUUCGUAUUCAUUCUGCUACAGCAUCUCAAUAUUUCAGUCAUACCGUUCGUAUAUUGGCCGAGCUCCUCUCAUCAUUUGUACACAUGCCAGAGAAAGAAGAAAUUAAACGGAACAUACCGCUAUGCUUCCGAGAAAAUUUCUCGAACGUUACAAUUAUCCUUGACUGCACUGAAGUACCGAUAGCAACUUUAAAAUGCCUGAACUGUCGAAUUUCUACUUAUUCACAGUACAAAUCAACACGAACGGCUAAGUUUUUAGUAGGAGUUACACCCGCAGGAUUGAUUUCGUAUUGCAGUAACGCCUAUUCAGGAAAAGCGUCUGAUAAAUAUAUCUUCAACCAUGGAAAAUUGAUUGAUCAGCUUAAGCCGCAUAUUGAUGAAGUAAUGACUGACAAGGGCUUUACAAUAGAUACUGAAUUAUCAGCCAGAGGGAUCAAAUUGCAUAUUCCGCCAUUCUUGAGAAGCAAUCGGCUGUCCCCUAAUGAGGCACAUCUGAAUGAGGCCAUUGCAAAGGCCCGGAUUCACGUAGAACGAACGAUCCAACGAAUUAAAAUAUUCAAUAUUUUACAUGAUACAAUAGAUGCAAAUAUGUUGAGCUAUAUUGACGAAAUAAUGUCCAUAAUUUGUGGUAUAGUUAAUUUGAGCAACCCUAUUCUUCGAGAUGAUAAGUUUUAA